GAAUUUUUCUACGUCUGAAUGCUAAGGAAAGCCCGCAGCCUCUGGAGCGCGGAAGUAAUCGUGUGGCCAAUGGAGUGCGUGGACCUGUCUUGUGAAAGUCUGGCAUGGAUGAGAACCAAAGGGGAAUUCAUGAGUCAGCACAUCAAGAAAUUUCCAUCAUAGAAGGAAUAAGUGACCAAGUUCUUGCUGCUGUAGUUCUCAGCUUUGCCUUUCUGAGUGGAUUUGCUACUCUGCUGUUCAGAAAUGAAGAGCAAAACAUCCAUCCCGAGCACCAGGAACGGGUGAGUGCUGUACGGCAGCAGCUCCAGUCAGAAGAUGACACACCAACUCUUGCUGCACUAGAGAGACUACAAUUCUACACAGACAUGACCUGUCCAAUCUGUUUGCAGCAGCAAGCUUCUUUGCCCACUGAAACCAAUUGUGGGCAUCUUUUCUGUGGAUCCUGCAUCAUAGCAUACUGGAGAUACGGGUCCUGGCUUGGAGCCAUUAAUUGUCCAAUUUGCAGACAGAUGGUAACUUUAUUGUUCCCGCUCUUUCAAGAGAAUGGCCAAUCACAGUCCCAGGAUGAACACUCUGAAAUGCGCGAGGUACUCCAAUCUGUUAAUGACUACAAUAGAAGGUUCUCUGGACAGCCUCGGUCUCUUGUGGAUCGCCUCCGUGAUGUGCCAACACUGCUGAGACAUGCUUUUAGGGAGAUGUUCUCCAUGGGAGGGCUCUUCUGGAUGUUUAGAAUUCGAAUCCUUCUCUGCCUCUUUGGAGCACUCAUCUAUCUUAUCUCACCUUUGGACUUCCUCCCAGAGGCAUUAUUUGGAAUUUUAGGCUUCAUGGAUGACCUGUUUGUCAUCUUCUUGCUCUUAAUCUACAUCUCCAUCAUGUACAGGGAAGUGGUGACCCAGAGGUUGAAUCGGUAAAACCUUUGAAGCAUAGCCAGCAUCUGAUGUUCUGCUCUGCACAAGGUACCAGAGCAAGGCUACAUACAACUAAAACACAUUUUAAUCAAACAGUAAAGUAUAUGUAACUUAUGCAACACAUUAUCCUAAUCAUUUGGCUACAAAAUACUAUGCAUGAAUGCCAUGCAACGUAAAAUUGUUGGACUGUACCUUAGGCUUUUUACAUCACACUGCAAUCCUUUUAUGUUUAAUGUUCAGUUAUUGGUGAUGUGACAAAAUACGUGUCUUGCUAUAAAUGCCCAGGCAUUCAUCCUGCAAGGAAAAACAAAAAAGUGUAAAGUAUACCUUUGACUUUGUUGCUUUCAAAGUGUGUGCCAAGUGUACGAUUCCGUUUUUCGCACAUGGUAGACUUAAACGCACGUUUUAUUUUUUUUUUAUUCUCCUAUUUGAACAAAGGAGCCUAUAAUGUUAUUUUGAAUGCAGAAGUCACUUUCUAAAAACCAUCAUGUCUGGGUGGGGAAAAAAAAAAAACAAGACCAAUCGUAAUCUUUUAAAUUGUUCUCGUUACACAAACAGAACAUGUGCAGCUCAGUAUCUCUCAAGACAUUUACCUGUACCUGUAUCCGUUUCCGCCAAGGUCUGUUUUGCUGCACCUGAGCCUUGUAAAUCUGUGCAUUUUGCUUCAGGGAAAAAGAAAAAAAAAAUCUCAGUGUAGCACUGAUGUGCCUGAUCUGAAAUAGCAGAUUGUGAAAUUAAAGGGAAUACAGUUUACAUUUUGAUUUUUUUUGUAUUUUUUUAAGAAAUACAAAAUACUGUUAUUGAUUCUCAAGAUUUCCAAGUAAAGGAUUUAAAUUA